GGCCAGGUGCGCUCUGCCCAGGUGGCCAGGAGCGCCCGCGCCCCGCUGGCCAUGUGGCUGGCGGUGACUCUGCUGUGCUGCUGGGCGCUGCCCCGGGCCGGCGGCUCCUGCCCCUCGCAGUGCAGCUGCGCCUUCCACAGCCUCGCCGAGGGGACCAAGGCCAGGACAGUGCUGUGUAAUGACCCAGAGAUGACCCUCCCUCCCGUGAACAUCCCUGUGGAUACGACCAAGCUUCGGAUAGAAAAGACAGCCAUCCGCAGGGUGCCAGGAGAGGCUUUCCACCUGCUUCACAGCCUGGAGUACCUCUGGAUGCCCUACAACUCCCUGGCCAGCCUCAGCGGGAUCACCUUCAAGGGCCUUCGCCGGCUGCAGGAGCUGAGGCUGGAUGGGAACAACUUAAUAUCAUUUCCCUGGGAAAGCCUGGCUGGCAUGCCCCAGCUGAGGCUCCUGGAUUUACACAACAACGAACUCACGUCAGUCCCCUCAGAGGCUGCUCGCUAUGUCAAGAAUAUCACAUACCUGGAUCUGUCUAGCAAUAAGCUGAUGACUCUUCCUCAGGCUCUCAUUGCCACCUGGGCCAACCUCCAGGCUGUUCCCUACUUCCCCAAUGAUAACUCCAAGAUCAUCCUAGGCUUGCAAGACAAUCCUUGGGUGUGUGACUGCAGUCUGUACGAAAUGGUCCAUUUCCUCAAUUUCCAGUCUCCUAACAUAGCCUUCAUUGAGCCCAGACUGAAAUGCUUCACCCCCCGGAGCCUUGCAGGAGUCUUCUUCAGCCAGGUGGAGCUGAGGAAGUGUCAGAGCCCCGUGGUGCACACAUCUGUGGCCAAGGUGAAGACCAUCCUGGGCAGCACGGUGCUGCUGCGCUGUGGCACCACGGGCGUGCCCAUCCCCGAGCUCAGCUGGAGGAGAGCUGAUGGGGCUCAGCUCAAUGGCACAGUUCACCAAGAGAUUUCCAGUGAUGGGAUGAGCUGGUCUAUCCUGGGCCUGCCUGUAGUCUCUUACCUUGACUCUGGAGAGUACAUCUGCAAAGCAAAGAAUUUCCUGGGGGCAACGGAGGCGUUCAUCUCGCUGAUCAUCACAGACUCAGAAAGCACGGAUGACCCGAGCUCUAGUGCCAAAGGCACAUGGAAUGGCAAGGCGAGCGGGAUGGAGGCAGCUGCCUACAACGACAAACUGGUGGCAAGGUAUGUUAUCACCACCUCCACUGUGCCCACCCUGGGGGCUGGGGCAGGCACUGGAGACAGCCUCCUCCUCCCGGACAUGGCACAAGACAGCAACCCCCAGAACCUGCUGGUGAGCCCCACCACGGGCCAGCAGGAGCCAGAGAGGAUGGUGAGGUCUGUCAGGGUCAUAGGGGACACCGACCAGAGCAUCACCCUGGCCUGGAAGGCGCCCAUGGCAAAGAACACCACAGUGUUCAGCGUCCUUUACGCCGUCUUUGGGGAGAGGGACAUGCGACGGAUCAACGCGGAGCCAGGGAAGACCAAGCUCACUCUUUAUGGGCUGCUGCCAAAGACCAAAUACAUCGUGUGUGUCUGUGUCAAGGGGCUGAUCCCCAGGAAGGAGCAGUGCAUCAUAUUUUCCACAGACGAAGUUGUCAGUGCAGGAGGGACGCAGAAGCUCAUCAACGUGGUUGUCAUCAGCGUGGCCUGUGUCAUUGCUGUUCCUCUGACACUGGUGGUCUGCUGUGGAGCCCUGAAACGGCGCUGCAAGAAGUGCUUUGUGCGAAAACCCAAGGACGUUCAGGAAUCCUACGUCACCUUUGAGAGCCUCUCCCCUGGGGCCAAGGCCAAAGGUGUGGAAGGAGAGUACUUGACUAGGCACACCCCCGACGAGUCCAACAGGCUGCUGUCCGCCCGCUCCAGCGUGGACUCAGAGGCCAUACCAAAGAUAGAGGGACAGCCCAACGAGUACUUCUGCUGACAGUACCUAGGCUGACUGUCAGCUCACCACUGGGAAGCACGUGGCUGUAUCUCUGACUGUGCUCCAGCAUUGCAGGCCACCUGCCCAUGCUUCUGUCUCUGACAUGUUCUGGAAGAGGAUGCAAGAGGAUAGACAGUGCCCAAGCUUUACAGAAACAUGUUGCUCACACCACUUGGAGUUGGCUGCUUUGUACCCAGUCAAAAGCUUAUGUGAUGAUAGCCUCAUUCUCCUGGA